CCUUUUGACAGUAAUCUCGUAUAUGCCACGUUUUGGGGUCCCUCUUGCUCUGGAUAAAGCAACAGAGGAGCGAACUUGUGUGAACUAUGCCAAGCUCUGUGUUGAGAUUGAAGUUGCAGCGGCUCAGGAUCUUCUGGAAAAUAUUGUAGUUGACAUUGAAGGCUGUCCCUCUGUGGAUGUGAAUGAUGUUCCUAAUGUGGAGUCUGCACUCCCUGCUUGUCAUGAAGUACUACCAGUGCAGAAAGAAAACCAACCUGUCAAACCACUUUUGCAGAAUGAAACUCUACUCACAGCCCAGGGACAGACUACUGUAUCUCUUAUGGAGCAAGGACCUAUUGAGAAGCAGAAUUCUUUUGAAGCUUUGGCAUCUAUUAAUGACGAGCAGGCCUUUCCUCCUCUUCAGGUUUCUUCAGUGUCUCCAAAAUCCCUUAAGAAGCCUCGACAGGCUUCUUUGGGUGUAGCAACUGUUACAAAAGCCUUGGCCCCUCGACAGAGAAAUUGCAAGAAAAUUUCAAAUCCCUCCAGUGAGAAGCAAAAUUUUGAUAAGAUUGCUGGAUAUCUUUUGCCUGAGUGGAGUAGAUUUUGCAAUUAUGAUUCUACUCCUCUAGGGAGAAUUUGGCUUUUUUGGAAGUCCCAUGUAACUAUAAGGAUAUCUAGUUCUAAUCAUCAGGCUAUACACUGUCAUGUGGUUGACAAUAUUACUAAGAGGUACAUGUUUGCUAGUUUUGUGUAUGCGGAUAAUUCUCCUGAUCAAAGGAGACAAUUAUGGGAUGAGUUAGUUGCUCUAAGCAGGGUGCUGCCUAAAGUGCCUUGGAUUAUAGGAGGUGACUUUAAUGAAGUUAGAUAUUUGCAAAAGAGGUCUGAUUGGAUCCAAAACAUGCACUUCUCCAAAGAUUCUAUGUUGUUUAAUGACAGGUUGAAUGAAGCUGAACUUUCUGAUCUUCCUGCUUGUGGGCCUAAAUUUACAUGGUCGAACAAGAGAAUAGAGGGACUCAUUGUUAAAAAGCUUGACAGGUUAUUAGUCAACAGCACUUGGUUUAGCACUUUUCCAAGAACUAGAGCAGAGUUUCUUCCUCCUGACAUCUCAGACCAUUGUGCUGGGUCUGUAACUAUAAUGGAAGUGGCAACCCAAAAUACCAGAAAGCCUUUCAAAAUUUUCAAUUUUUGGACAAAGAAUGAAAGGUUUCUAAACAUUGUCCAAGAGGUUUGGUCAUCUGUCACAGUUUCAGGAUGCUACAUGUUUCAACUUUGUAAAAAGUUAAAGGCUCUUAAGGCCCCUCUACGAGAGCUUAAUAAGGAUUGUUACAGUGACCUGCAAGGAAGGAUUCAACAAGAGACUUCAAAGCUACAUGCUAUCCAAAUUGAUUUGUUAGCUAAUCCACAUGAAGAUUUGGUUUUGGUGGAAUAGGAACAGGCUAGGAAGGUGGCAAAGUUAUCACUUGCUGAAGAAGCCUUUCUGAAACAAAAAUCUAGAGUGCACUGGCUACAGGAAGGAGACCAAAAUACUACUUACUUUCAUAAAGUAAUGAAAGUUCG